UUGAUUCCCUUUUCUAGGAUAUGGGUGCCUACUAGUCUCCAUUCUGCCAGGUUCAAUCACUUGGAGCUCUGAGAAUAAAAUCAAGAUUUUGGCUGAUUGCAUCUCUCCCCCCAAGCAGCUUCUUCUUCUCAUUCCCUUCUCUCUUUUUUCCUUUCUAGUGUGGUGGGUCCUCCUUUUCUCUAUCAGAGAAAGUCAAUUGAAAUAGUUGCAAAAGAACAGAGACAAAAAGAAGCUCCAUUCUCCAUUAAUGGCCUUGAUCUAAGCAUUAAAAUGGAUUAUGUAAAGCCAUCAGCUGUCACUCCUGCAAAGAGUAAAUUGGCGCGCACUUUCGCAAAAGUUCUUCACCUUCGAACGGCGACUGGGUUGUGUCCAGAUGACGGGGUUCAGAAAGUUAAGCUCCAUGAGAAAUUCAAGGAAGAAAAAAAUGAAACUAAGAAUACAGAUAGUCAGCCUCAGUCGUUUGAUGAAAAUGAUGAGGAGUUUCAGAAGAGAUUGGCCUUUGAAGCUCUUCUUGCCAGAUUGUUUGCCAGCAUUGCCUCUGUUAAAGCAUCAUAUGCUCAGCUACAGUAUGCACAGUGUCCUUAUGAUUCUGAAGGGAUUCAAGCUGCUGAUGAAUUGGUAGUUUCUGAGUUGAAGAACCUGUCUGAACUGAAGCAAUGUUAUGUGAAAAAAUUGUUUGAUCCUUCACCUGAGAGUACAAUUCUUUUGGCUGAAAUUCAGGAGCAGAAGAGUGUUGCAAAAACGUACGAGAUUAUGGGGAAAAAGUUGGAAUCCCAAUCGAAACUCAAGGAUUCUGAAAUCACUUAUCUCCAAGAGAAACUGGAAGAGUCUAACAGACAUAACAGGUUGCUUGAGAAGAGACUGAAUCAAAGUGGACAGCUGUCUAUGCUUGACAAUCUUCAUCAAUCACGGUUAAGCCCUAGCCACUUUGUUACUGUUCUUCGCCACGCAACUAAGUCCAUUCGUGGUUUUGUCCGACUGAUGAUUGAUGAGAUGAAAGCAGCUGAUUGGGAUCUUGAUGCAGCAGCUACAUCCAUACAGCCAGGUGUGGUUUACUGGAAACCGGACCACAAAUGUUUUGCAUUUGAAUCGUUGGUUUGCAGGAAAAUGUUUGAUGGUUUUCAUCUGCCAAACUUUGGUCUUCAGAAGGAGCCUUUGGCUGAGAAAAAGAACCAGAAGAUGCUUUUCUUUGGGAGAUUCUUGGAAUUGAAAUCUGUGGAAGCAAAGGAAUAUGUUUUCCAGAAGCCUAGCUCAGCAUUUGCAGAAUUUUGUCGUGUCAAGUACUUGCAACUCAUUCAUCCCCAAAUAAAGACAUCAUUUUUGGGCAAUUCGAGUCAAAGAAGCCAAGUGAAGUCUGGUCAGUUCUUGGACUCCAUAAUCUUUGUCUCAUUCGCUAAAAUGGCAAAGUGGAUUUAUCUCCUACAUUGCUUAUCCUUCUCUUUCGAGCCUGAAGGAUCAAUCUUUCAAGUGGGCAAAGGGUGUCGAUUCUCCAAAGUGUACAUGGAAAUUGUUGCUGAUGAGGUAUUCCUUUCACCGGAUAGUACUGCACAACAAUCCUACCCAGGUGUUGCUUUCACAAUCGUUCCUGGAUUCAAGAUUGGUAAAAUCAUCAUACAGUCACAGGUCUACCUAGCUCACAUUCAGUAAACCGUUGAUUGCCAAUCAAAUGGGAGAGGGUUGUUUCACACAUCCAUGCACGGACAUGGGUGCCCGUAGACACUCCUCUAUAAACAUGGUAUUCUCCUCAAUUUUGUUAAUAUUGGGCAAAUGAGAGAGGGAUUGUUUAGCUGUUAUGCACCAUUGUAGUACUGUAUUUUUGAGGUUUCUGUAUGUACACAACAAUGAUAGUAAGAUAUAUAUGAUGGUCAUUGUCUUAUAGCCUUGGAUUCCUUGC